CAGUACACGAGACGCUGCGCCGUGCCGCGCCGCUCCAGCCGCGGGUUUUCAGCGUGCCACCCCAUAUAAAACCGUGACCGGGGUCACGACGCGAUACCAACAGGUGAUGCCGAAGAAGGAGGAGGACACUCCCUCGAGCGGCAUCUCGUCGAGCGUCUCCCUCGAGUCUCUCCGCCGCCGACGAGGACGGUGAUUUAAUAUCGCUCUCCCGAGCCUAUCGCUCGCUCUGUACCCUUACGGAUCGCCGACCACCAGCGAGGAUCCCACGUCUAGCUGGACUCGCCGCCAGAGGAUCCACUUGGUACGGGCGGAAAUGCGGGAGAAAAUUCGGGCGAGAAACGUCGACGAGAGACGCGGCGAAAGUUUCGAUCGGUCGAUGAUUUAGUGAGCAGGCCGGUUUCAUACAGUGCUACCCUUACUACGAUUCUCCCGACGCAGCUUCCCGUUCUGCGCCCGUUCUACCCCCGACGUACUCGGGAUGUAGUUGUACGCGGUUGACACGAGCGCGGGAUCGGACGUGGGGACGUGCGAUGAUCGAGUAUUUCCUUCCACGCGCUGGAUUCUGACAAGGCACCUGGGCUCAUCAGCAAAGAGAAAAGUCAAAGGUAGACGAUCACCGUCGGAGCGCAAUUCCCCGGGCGCGAAACGCGAAACACGAAACGCGAGAUGCUGUGACAACGGAGAAAGAGGAGAGCGGGAGAGGAAAGACAGAAUUCGGGAUCGUAUGUUUCUGAGGCCUAAGGAUCUGGAAAACGUGAGGGAUGCCACAAGGCAGCACUCACUGGCAGGGGACGCAGAGAAGAGCCUACGGGCCUGGGGCUAAUUGGAAUGUGCAGGUGGUGAGAGGCAAGGUGUCAACGCGAUGCUUGUGGCACGCCUGCAAAGCUCUCGGAAUUGGGCUGCUGCUAAUGCUUUUAGGAGCUUGCAUGGCGACCAUAGGAUAUUACGCGGAUCAGCUGUCGGUGGCACAAGAGAUCAGAGGUAAUAUUACGGUAAAGGUGAAGAAUGAGUCGCGCGGGUUUCACCUGAAUAAUCUGAGCUACGCCGGCCCGGUCGUCAUGGGUCUGGGAGGCUUCAUUGUAGUAGCUGCCUGCGUGAUGACUUUCGAGGCGCGUGACAACGCGGCCAAGGUAGUACCGGCUCGUUAUCGCUUCAACCAGGGAUCAACGGUAAGGGGUUCAAAGAUCCAGCGCAACAGAAGAUCGACUUCGAGCCAAACAACAAAGUGGGACCACCAAUUGGGCUUGUUUAGAGUGAACCGCAGUCCGAGUCCCAGUACGCACGAAGUCUCCAGGAAACAGCUGACAGCGGAGUUCAUGCAGUUUUCCAAAAAUCUGCAGGAAAAAGGCGUUGCGCACUCCAUAAAGAAGAGCCCGAGCGCACCAACAUUAAUCGACAAGAAGUCGCCGCGCCGAAGAUCGCCUAAAUACGCGGGUUGCUCACUACUUAAUCCAGAAUUGCUGCAGAGACAUGCUCUUUCGGUCGACAAUCCAAGCUACAGCCCGCAUCAGGUCAGCAGAGAAAGUCUGGAGCAUCAAAAGAUGAGUGGUAGUCAAGCCUCAAUGGCGAUGGAUCUACAUAUUCCGAAUAAAGGUCCCGUUACGCUCAAAGUGAAGGACCGAUCCGACACAGCGAGACGACAUCAGCUGCUUCGUCAAACAAAAGUGGAAGACGUCGAGGAAGUCGAUGAAGUUACGCGACCACAACCCACUCUCGUGCACUCGCCUAAAUUGCCAGGUGCCUAUUGCAGAUAUCCAGACGAUUUCGUGCCAAGAAAAAGAAACUCGAUAGACCUGAGAUUAUUGGAAGAGUUGACGGUAGUAUCGAAAGAAUUUAGUAAGGCCUCGCCACGAGACUUCCGUAAAACCUCCUCGCCAAACUUUCGUAAAAUGUCCUUCGAUAGAAUCGGGGGUGAUCGUCGCUUAGACAGAACGAUGGGAUUUCGAAAAGCCAGCCUCGAGUUCCGACGAAGUCCAGAUUUUCGAAGAGGAGAUUACAGGAAACUGUCGAUAGAUAGAUUCAGUGUCGAUUGCACCCGGUACGUGUUUGACGAAGCAGAGAUGAAGUCACGAGCGAGUAGCGGAGAGAGCUUGCGAAGGCAAUCGCGUCAUCCUAAACUACAUCAUUCUAGAUCGGACGACAACAGACGGCGAUCCUUCGACAGGCAUACGAAGGAUCCUCAGUCGAGUCGGCACUCCCUAAACACUCAGGCCGUUAUGGAGGGUUCCGGGUCCGAUUGCGAGCCAAAAUAUUUUACAACGGUGUCUCUCGACACCGAGGAAAGCCGCGGCGACAAUUCCGAUGAAAGUCACGUGGUGGACAUCGAGGAGGCGAAUGCUAGCGCUUUGUCGUCCGAGGGGCCUGCAGAGGGUGACAUGCUGCUCGAAGAACCGGAAUUGGAGAACGUCACGGAGAUCGACGUGGAAAGCUCGGGAGAUGAUCUCGACGACGAUGGAAAGACCGAAUCACGUAGAUCGGCGAGCGAAAAAACAGACGCGACGAUAUUAGGACAAAAUCCCGUAAUUACCGCCGACGACGUGGACUCGCAGAUGAUAGAUGAGGAAGCGGCGUAUAAUUCGGAACAAAUGGAGCAAAACGAGAAACAAGAAACGACUUUGUACGUAGAAAAUGACGAGGUGUAAGGCGGGCGGAAGAAAUUUUUGAGGAUUAAUGACGGACUCAGGCUAUUCUGGGGAAAAUAACGAUGAUGACAUUUGCGAAGCAAAGAAAUCGACGGUGUUCAACAUUGCUGGUAAUGUUUCUUCGCAAAUGUGAGAAGAUCACGCAAGAAUUUGAUGACGACUGUCGAUCGAUAGCGAUUGUCUUCGAAUGCGACGUUACGUCAUGAAACAUAUGCUCAACGACUUAAAACUUAACACACGGCAUAAAUAAAUAAAAAAAAGAAAAAAAACACACAUGAGAUCACGUACGAAUUGCGUUUUGUAACGAGACAAUCAUUUUUUUUUUAUCAGCAUCUCGCUUUGCCUUUCGCGCGAAGGUAACGAGGGUAUAACGUUUGCCACACUGAUGACAAAUAAUUGUUACCGACAAAUUUUGACGUAGCGCAAUACCGUAGACGGUAAUAGACCUAACGUAAAGCAUAAGAUUCGUUGAAAUGCAAACGUGUGAUUAACCGUACUAAAAAAGUUUUUGUACUUGUAACAAGAAAUAUAACGUUCACCUGUAAAUACGUUUCAAACUAACUCGUUCGAGCGUUUGUUGAUGUGUCAAAUCUCCGACGAGUCGGAGGGAUAUACGUAGCGCGAUUCAAAAUGAAUCUUGUAUGGUAGAAAACGGUGUCAUUAGAAUAAAAUGUCCCAGACGGCGCGUUUGUUCUCAACUCUUAAUACUGCAAUAAAGGUAAAAAUAAAUAAUUUGCUUA